CUUACGUAUUUUUCAAAAAAUGGUUAGUAAAUAAAUUGGGUUAAUAUCUCAACUCUCAAGUACUGACUGUUAAACAUUAUUGAUUCACGGUAAAAAACCCACAACGUUGACAUACCAUCCAGGAAGUUUUUACUUUUCUGAACAAGUUUCAGAUAAGAUAGGGUUUAUAGUUAUGAGUGAAAAGAGUUAUAUAUGUUUUAAAUAAAGCCAGUUUAUACAACAUAUUUCAAUGCGAAAAUAUUGGAUUUACACCCAAAAAUAGUAUAGAUGUAGUUAAGGAUGAGAUAAUGGCAUUAGUUUUGUGUUUUAACUUAUCAAUAAUGAGUCAUGGAGAAUUGUAAGUGAAAGGGAUAAAAGGUGGAGCAAAAUAAUCACUUUGAAACAAUGUGAACAUUAGAAAAUAAUCAGACAAAAUGUGAAAUCUGGAUGAAACGGUAAAACAAUAAUAACGUCUUUCAAGGGCUAGGAACAAGGGCCCUAUACUGCUCAAAAACGUAAAAAAUGACGCAUUAUACACACGAUACGUUAAUGGGAACAUCAAAUAUGUUCAAACUGAAAGUGGUUUUGAUUGGAGAUAUAAGCGUAGGCAAGACGUCAUUAGCGUUACGGUUUACGUCAAACACGUUUCGGGAUGGAUAUCAGGCAACAAUUGGAGCGACGUUUAUUUCUAAGACAACAGUCGUGGAUGAUGACGUCAUUUGCUACCAGAUCUGGGACACGGCGGGCCAGGAACGUUACAAGAGCCUCGUUCCCAUGUACCUGCGUGGGGCUCAUAUAGCACUAGUCGUGUAUGACGUCACCGACCCGGAGAGCUUUGCCAACCUGGGUUGGUGGCUGGAAUGUCUGAAGGAACACGGAGGGGUGCUGAGGGCGGCCGUAGUCGCCAACAAGUGUGAUCUCGUGGAUGAAGUCGGCGAUCUGUCCCCGGUGAAGCUGGCCCAGGAGCACGGUCUCCAGUUUGUGACGGUCUCCGCAAAGACAGGCGAACAUGUUGAGGAGCUCUUCCACAGGAUGGGAGUGAAGGCAGUUGAAGACAUCAAACGACUAAACCAGAAGCCAUCGAAAUUUGACACCAUAAAGCUGACAGAGAGUACUGAGAGUUGUGGGGAGAAGGACGAGAAAAGGGGAAGAAAGAAGUGCUGCAAGUCGUAGAGUUAUAAGACAGUGGUUGUGCAAUAAAACAUAGUGUGCAUGUAUAUUAUAUUUGAUAACUGCAUUUUUAUAUAAAUAUUUUUUAUAUUUUUUUCAAUAAAGUCCAACCUUUUCUUUGA